AUGGGAAACUUUCGCACACCUAGGUUGGUGGAGGAGAUCAAGCAGAGGUGUUCUAGCAUCCAGCUGCAGAAUGAGGACGUGUACAUGGCCACCACCUUCCAAGACUUUAUCCAGAUGUUCGUCCGUAAGCUAAGAGGAGAGGACCAGGAGGAAGAUCUGAUCGUUGAUUAUGUAACCAAAGAAGUGAACAACAUGACAAUAAAAAUGCCGUACCAGUGUUUUAUCAAUGGCAAGUUUGAGGAUGCAGAAGACGGAAAGAGUUAUGAUACCAUCAAUCCUAAUGAUGGGUCUGUCAUCUGUAAGGUGUCAUACGCCUCAGUGGGAGAUGUGGACCGGGCUGUGGCUGCUGCCAAAGAAGCUUUUGAUAACGGAGCGUGGGGUAAGAUGAACCCCAGAGACAGAGGAAGUCUGCUGUACAAGUAA